AUGAAAACAAAGAGUCGUUUUCCAUUGAACACGGAAAAUAAAACUCAGCCAACAACACCAUGGAGCUCGAUGUGGAUUGCGAGUUUGGUGCAAUUUUUUUGCGCUAUUCAAUUCACCAUCUAUUUCUCAUCAUUGUGGCCAUAUCUGCUACAGUUAGACGCUUCAUCGAAGGAAAGACAAUUUGGACAUAUCACAGCCAUUUACAGUCUCGGUCAAGCUCUCUCAUUGCCUUUUUAUGGCUUCUGGAGUAAUCGAAUCAAGAACACGAAGAUUCCAGUCUUGGCUGGACUUUUUAUGAUGACCGUUGGCAAUACUUUGUAUCUAUCGAUACCGAUUUUCGAGAUUCAACCCUACAUUGGCAUGAUGGUGUCUCGUCUUGUCGUUGGACUUGGUGCAGGUAUCAUUUCUCCGCUUCGCGCCUACGCAAUCCAGGGUAGCACAAAAGAUGAUCGAUCUCGAGCGAUUUCUUUAAACACUGGUGGCUUCUCACUAGGAAUUUUGGCUGGACCAGGUUUUCAAAUUCUAUUCACUCCACUCGAUUACCCUGGUUAUCAAGUGUUUGGGAAAUUUCUGGUCAACAUGUAUACCGGGCCAGCCAUGAUGGGAAUUCUCGUGAACCUGUUGUCGGCGUUGAUGAUGAUUUUUGCUUUCAAAGACUCGAGAAUUGGUAUUUAUCAAGUGGAAAAGCAGGAAAAUCCCGAACACGAGCGUUUCUUUGCCCUUCCAAAAUUCGAUCUCUUUGCCGCAUUCGUUUGCAUCAUGACGCGUUUCGUUCAAAUGUUUGUGAUCACAAAUAUUGAAACAAUUGGUUCUCCAUUAUCGAUGACAAUUUUUGCCUGGGAUCGAGCCAAAGCGGUCUACUACAACUCGUUGAUCCAUAUUGGUUUUGGAGCCAUCGGACUUGCAUACUAUGCCUCGAAUACAGUUUGGGAUUUCGGAAAGAAUUUGAACCAUCGUCUCUGGACUAUCAUUGGCAUCUUGUUGUUGACUCUUUUCCAUAUUCUCACCUAUCCCUGGUGGUUUCUCCCGGGCAAAAUUCAAUAUCAACAAGAAUUUGAAACGAUCAAUGGAACUUUGGUGAAAAUCGAUGAACCAGUUGGUUGUCGUCAAUCAUUCGAUUGGGCACGAUGCAAGGAAUUCUCCUUUUUGGCAGGUAGCUCGGCUCGCCUUAUUGGGCCAUUGUUUGUGGCAAGUCUUUUCGAAUCAUCCGGAAUUGGAAACCCGUGGAUCAUCGUGAUCGUGAUCUCUUUGCUUUGUGCAUUGGCUUGGGUUCUCAUGUAUAGACGAAUGGUUCCCCUAAAAAUGAGUGACGAGAUGAAAGUCGGCGAUCAGUAUCGAAAUAAAUUCGGGAAAGUCGAGAAAUUU